GUUCUUUCAUGAAGGCUUACUAUAAAGGCACCCUCCUUACAGCUUGUUGCCAAGAUGCCAAUGAUCACAUAGUUCCUAUUGCAUUUGGUAUUUGUGGUUCUGAAACUAAAGCUUCUUGGAAAUGGUUCUUAUCCAAAGUUUGUCAAUCAAUAAAGUACAGACAUGACCUGUACGUAGUAUCUGAUAGGCAUAAAGGGCUUAUCAAGGCCGUUUCUGAACUCUUGCCACAUGCUAGCCAUGGUUUUUGUGUUGCUCAUCUUGGUCGUAACAUAACAUCAAAAUUCAGAGGAUCUGCAGUUGGUUUGGGAUGGAAGUUCAAAGCUGCCUAUAUGGCAGCAACUAUGAAAGAAUAUGAUGACUACUUAUCCAUGUUGGAUUCUGAAGACCCCAGGAUAAGGACUUGGCUAGACAAAUUAGGUGCUAACACAUGGUCAAAAGUAAUGUCUGGCCCAAAGAGAUAUAAUAUUAUGACAUCAAAUUGUGCUGAGUCUAUGAACAAAGUCAAUGUCUGUGCAAGAGAGUAUUCUGUGUCUAAACUUGUUGAUUUCUUGCGUGAAAGGGUGCAGCAAUGGUUCACAGAGAGGAAAGAUAAAGCUGAGAAAACAAGUACUAUACUCACAAAGAAAUGUGAGAAACGCCUGGUAGCUUUGCAAGCUGAAUCCACACGUAUGAAGGUUAAACCAUCAUGUGCAUAUGAAUUUGAAGUUGUUGACAGUAGAUGCAAGUCCUUUGUGGUAAACCUCAACUCUAGAAGUUGUACAUGCGGCCACUUUCAAUUAGAUCAAUUUGUGUGUGUUCAUGUUGUGGCUGCAAUCGGUAUACGCCCACACCUUUCAUGUUAUACGUACAUAUCUCCAUAUUACACAAGAGAUGCUUGACUUGCUACAUGGUCUGGUAUCAUGCAUCCUAUUGCUGAUCCUAACAGUUGGUCAAUUCCUGCUACUAUUCAAAACCAGAGAUGCAAGCCACCAAGUUGUUUGAAGCGUCCUCCUGGUCGCCCUAAGAAAUGCAGGAUUCCAUCCAUUGGAGAAUAUAGAGGUU